GAUGAUGACGAUGAUGACGAUGGUGGCGGACAAGGAAAGGAGGAGGAGGAGGAGGAGGAGGAGGAGUUGUCACACGCUGAUAUCCUGGACCUGUUUCAGGAGGGUCUGGUCAGGAUAGUCCAGGAUCCUUUACUGUGCGAUCUGCCCGUCCAGGUUACUUUGGAAGAGAUAAAUUCACAGGUUGCACUGGAGUAUGGGCAGGCAAUGACUGUCAAAGUAAAGAAAGGAGAUGAUGAAAUUAUGCCUAUCGUUGUGAUUCAGAAUGACAAUGUCCUGGACCUGNAAAAAGCCAUUCAGAGAUAUGUACAACUGAAACAAGAGCGCGAAGGAGGAACACAGUAUAUUAGCUGGAGGUAUGUCUGGCGGACUUAUCAUCUGACGUUCGAUGGACAAAAACUAACCGAUGACAAAAAGAAACUCAAAGACUACGGCAUACGGAACCGAGAUGAAGUUACCUUCAUAAAGAAACUUCACAACAAAUAAAAGGCUUUUCCAUGAGGACUAUUUGAUCGAUGCUUUCAUUCAGAAUCUAUAUGACUGUUGCAUUGAACUUGUACAGAUUCACUUCCACUUUUCCCUGUUUUCAGUGAAAGGCCUUUUCUGAAUCCGACUACUAGGGAAGAAGAGAAUUCGCCUAGAAUUGUCAUGUCAAAGAAGAAUAGCGUUCUGAAAACUAAUGUUAUUUAUAAAUGUACAUUAUAUAGGAUAUUGUACAUAGAAUAAGUANUUUUUUCAACAGAAUAAAAGUUUUUUUGGUUGUCUUAAUGAGCA